GAUAUAUUUGAGUGAAGUUCAAAGUGGUAGAAAGUAGCACAAACACAGGGAACUUCAGUGCAGUCUUUCUUUAUUUAGUUGGUUAUUUUUUUGACAGAGGAAAAAAAAGCUUCCAAUCACUCCCACUUCUCCUCCAUUCACACACCCCAUCUGAUCAGUAGUCGAUGAUGAUGCACUAAGGUUACCCCUGUUAUGUUGAUGCUGUUUUCUCAGUCCAAUCUGUUCUGGUUGGCAAACAUGUCUGGCAGGAGGCCUGUUGUUAAACAUGUACAGUAAAGGGGAGCUGCCAGGGCAGUGAAUUAAUUGAAAGUCUUGCCUUGCUGUUACCUAAUAAGGACGGUUGGCAAAGUCACCCUAGUGAAGUACUUGAGGCCAUAAGCUGUUGAAUUAUGCAAGAGUGGAGCAGCUUGUUCCUUCAAAGCAUGAAUCAAAAGUUAAAAAAGCUCGUGGACGCGCUGAGGUAGGUUGGAUGGUGGUUGGGUAGGAGCUUCCAGGCGCUAGGACCCGGGACACGUGAGCGUAUUAGUUUGCCAGAGGGUGGAGACGGUGAACAAUGAAGGAGCUGACUGGUAGGACCAGCAGAGGAGCAACAUCUGAGACCAACCCCCCCUCCUCAACCCUAGAGUCCCGUUGGACCGACGGACAAAACGGACUGACCGGCCGACAGAGACUGCAGGACACGGAGUUUAGAGGGAGUGGGAGCAUGUUAGAUUAGUCCAUGCAGACUGCAGAGAGCGGAGCUUUGUUGAGCCCCCCGAGUGGAUGUGAAUGAAUGGGCUCCGUAUCAGAGAGUGUGUGUGUGUGUGGUGCUGAACUGGGUCAUGCGGACCACUGGAGGAGCGAAAGAUAAACACGCACCCUCCUCCCGCUGCCUGACAGGUUGAGAUGGUGGGCGCUCGAGAGGAGGGAUCCCAGCCUGUGUCCUCAUCUCAGCAUCCAGCAUCAGAUGAUGCUUUGAUUUAAUCCGCCUCCAAACAAAGUCACAAACUGCAGAGCAUCUCCACAAACUAGACAGGAAUCAUCUUGGGCGGGCGGCGAGUAAAGCGCAGCUAUACGGACCUCAUACCAGUCUUUUGUCAACGAGGUUUAUUUCUUUGAAGGAGCCGCACAGUUUUCUCUGCACCUACAGCUGAUCGAUAACUUCCUUCAGACGACGAGAGCCGUCCAUCUGUUUCCCGCAGACCCCAGCGGAUCAGCGCUGAGCAGAGCGCGGCAGCUCUGCUCGUCGAUCGGAUGCAGGACCAUGGAGGAGAGAGACAGGUCGCCAGCAGUCUGCCCCACAGCGUCAAGGCGAGCCUGUCUCUUUCUCCAUCUGGGCCGGGACGGGUGGGCAGUGGCGGGGGCUCCCCUACAUCCAAGAUGGGCUACUGUGGAGGGGUGCCGGUGGAGGACAUGCAGGCCCUGGCCAUUACUUCCCUGUCAGCAGCAGAUGUAGCCAAACAGUAUGAGCACAUCCGUGAGCUUGGGAAGGGCACAUACGGCAAGGUGGACCUGGUGGCGCACCGAACACAGGGCACCAAAAUGGCGCUGAAGUUUGUUACCAAGAACAAGACGAAGCUGAAGAGUUUCCUGCGGGAAUACAGUCUAACAGGCUCACUUAGCUGCAGCCCUUUCAUCAUCAAAGUCCUGGACGUGCUUUUUGAGACGGAGGACAGCUACGUGUUUGGACAAGAAUAUGCACCCGCCGGGGACCUCUUCGACAUCAUCCCCCCGCAGGUGGGUCUGCCAGAGGAAAUGGUCAAACGCUGCAUGCAACAACUUGGCCUGGCCCUGGACUUCAUGCACAGUAAAAACCUGGUGCAUCGGGACGUCAAACCUGAGAAUGUGCUCUUGUUUGAUCGCGAGUGCCGCCGUAUCAAGCUGGCAGACUUUGGCAUGACCCGGCGCGUGGGCUGCCGUGUGAAACGGGUGAGCGGCACCAUCCCCUAUACAGCACCAGAGGUGUGCCGCGCCAGUCGUGCUGAGGGUUUCCUCGUGACCACCAGUCUGGACGUGUGGGCCUUCGGCGUGCUGGUUUUCUGUAUGCUAACGGGCAACUUCCCCUGGGAGGCGGCGCUGCCGGCUGACGCCUUCUACGAGGAGUUUCGACGCUGGCAGAAAGCGGGGUGUCCGGUGGGAACGUACCCGUCUCAAUGGCGCCGCUUCACCGACGACGCUCUGCGCAUGUUUCAGAGGCUGCUCGCCGCCGAGCCGGAAAAACGCUGCGGAGUCAAGGACGUCUUCUGCUUCGUCAAGUAUGAGCUGGUCAGCGAGCUCAGGCGCAGAGCAUCUUGCCGAGCCAAGAGAGGUGAGAGGUCAAGCUCGGGAGUGUGUACUGGCAGUUGCACUUCCUCCUCCACAUCCACUUCAUCACGUUCCUCCCACAGACACCCCGAGCCCUCCACCCCUCCUGGAACAUCCUGCCUGCGCCCGGCACCACUCAAACGUAGUGUCCUCUCCGACCCGUUGUCUCCAAGAGAGGAGUCUGGACAGCACCAGUCUCCAGGCCGAGACAAGAACAAAAGCCAGAUGGUGAUGGCAACGGCCAUCGAAAUCUGUGUGUGACCACACUAAUGUUAGUGCUGUAGACUAGAUGGCUUUUCACAGUAAUAACAAGCUGUGAAGAGGUGUUAAUGACUACCACAGAGACUCCAGUGAAAAAGCAGAGGUACUUUAACCAUGAAAGAGAAGCUCAGGAUCACAUCCACUGCUGCGAAAAUGGACAUCAUCAAUCAGCGGUACACACUUGGACAGCUUCAUCAUUGGCACAUGCAGUUUAGGUUUUGAUUUGUGACCAAAGACUGCUUCCCAAGCUGAGAAGCCAUGCAGGCAGCAUUUAACAGUCCACUGAUGACGCUCCUCUCAGCAGUUUAUUCUGCCAUCCAGACAUUUGUGUUUUCAGCCCCAUACACUGUGGUGGUGCUAAUGACUCUAUAAUUGGUUACUUCAUGAAAAUGGAUUCUGUCUUUUCUCACUCGUCAGUCCAGGUCCUUUUACUUUAGAGUUUAUUUGUGUCUGAAUAUAAGCUCCAGGGAGGCCAAAACGUUAUCUGAGCAGAUGAUGCUGUUCAGACAGAGGCCCGUGAUCUGGCAAUCUACGCAACUACAUUCGUCCGCCAUUUCUCCGACUUCCUGCCAACUUCCAAUGCAUAAAAUUUGUCUAAGACUUUUUAAAGAGAAAGUGUUCUAAAGAAAAAAAUAAGAUAAAAGAGAAACCCUGAUGUAGCAGUUUGUAUGAGAUGUCUUUUCAUGUAGGUGUCUAGACUGAGAGACAGAUUCUCAGUGAUAGACAUCACCUCAGGACACUACAGUGGGUCACUUCCUCUUUUAUUAUUAAUGGGAAUCCAUUGACUGGCUGGAGGACACAUCUGCUGCUUCUGAACUGCUCUCAAUGAGAUUCAUCUCCAUUGUAACACAGUAGAAUACAGGGAUUGUACAUUUUCGGAAGGUGAUGAACCAAGGAAGAGGAGAAGAAAUGUAUUUUUAUUGUUUCUUUUCUACCUGCUGUGUGUGUUUGGACGUGUAUGUGUGUGUUUCAAAUGCUAAAGCACAAGAUUUUUGUAAAGGAGGAGAACUCUUAGAGAAAACAACAACUCUUUAUUGUAAAUAAUUUGAUAUUUCUAGGAGUGCACCGUACUAUCAGGUAGUUCAACUAUGUAGCUGUACUAAUUUUCUACGACAAGGAAAGGGGUUUUAGGGUUUUACAUUUACUGUCGGGGCAAUGUACUGUAUGUAGCAACAUAAUAUGACAGAAUGUACAGUCUAUCACAAGAAAUUAAAUAUAUACAGAUAUGAUCUAAAGCCUAUCACAAUGUAUAACAUGGUAGCAGUCGCUGUUCUCUAUUUUCUUUUUCUGUUUUGGGUUGUUUCUGAACUGGACCAGGUAUGACAGACAAAUUGGUGAACAGACAUCACUCAUUUCCCUGUCGCCAUAGCCCUCUCAAGAGCAACAUCCAUUUUCUGUGUACAAUCAUUGUGCAUCUUUGUUGUCAAUGAGUACAGCGCCAGUCUGUCUUUCAGUCAGUUAAAGAUCAGUGCUGCUUUCCAGGUCAACACCUCACAAAUUAAUUUUCCAGCAUCAUAAAACAGCAUCGCAAAGGGUGUUCCAAUAUUUGAUUAUCAGGAUGCAACAUUAAACACACAAUCCCGACCUCUCAGAAUAUGUUGUCGCACCCCCUCUGUGCUCACCUUUAAUUUAAUCACCCUGCCUCUCUCUGGGAAUCCAUCCAAAUGUGUCACUCGAAUAGCAGAGCCCAGAUGUUUUUUUGUCUGGAGGGAUGACCUCGGUGUCAGCCAUUAACGUUCUGCGAGGUGUUGAUAGAUCUUGACCAACGCACAGCUACAGCCGCAGCUUCCAAAGAGAUACAGCUAAUUAUGAAAACAUCAAAAAAGCACCGCAUGUUCAGUGUGAAUGCCUCAAUGCACGCUCAUUACCAUUUUUUUCUUGCUUGAAUUGCGUUACUGUUAUGUCAGUCAGGUGUGUGUCUGUGUCUAUAUAUAUGUGUGUAAAUGUGUGCUUAUCUUCACUUUUCUUAUUUCCCCACUCCUCCCAUGACAGCCCAUCAGCUCUGUCGCUAUAGUGACAGUGCUGGUGCUGCUCUGGUUCAGCUUCUGUCCUCCUCUUGAACAUCAAGUCUAAUUGUGCCCAAAUGAAACAACUGGUCACCAACCCCCCUCCCAGUCAUCCACAGCUCCUCAUGACAGUUGCUGAGCUUAUUAUACCGGAUGACACAUUUCUGCAGUUACACUUUUCCUGUAUUUUAUGAGCCAGUUCACAGACCAAAGUCUUUAUCCAGUCUCAUCCAGCAUAAUCGAAGCUGUUGAUGGUCCCUGUCAUUUUCCUUGUCUCUUUCUGUCUUUACUCUUGAUUCAGUAAAGGUGACCUGAUUGAGGCUGAAGCCCUGUCAAAGGGAUGUGUUGUAUGCUGAGAUGCUGGCUGCCUCAUAAGCAUUUGUCAAAAGGUAAUCCAUCAGCAGACUGUAGAUGUGAAUCAGUCCUGUCUCACAACAAAAGGACAGGGAUUAGAUGGACUUUUUUAUCCUGUGCAUAAGGUCAAGUAACACAAGUCAACACAGCAUAACUUAAUGCAACAUAACAUAACAAAGGGUGGCAUGACAUUAUAUUAUUGCGGAACAUAAUAAAAUGGGAUAUAACAUGACACAAUGUAACAUUACAUGAUGCAGCAUAACAGGAUCAAUGCAACAUAACGUAACACAACAAACAUAAGGCAUCAUAACAUGAUGCAACACAACAUGACACAUCAUAACAAGAUGCAUCAUAAUAAUGCGUCAUAAUAAGAUCCAUCAAUAAUAUAUAACAUCACAACAUGACACACCAUAAAAUAAUUCUUCACAUGAUGGCGCAUCAUUACAUGACACACCAUAAUAUGACGCAACACAACAUGAUGCAACACAACAUGAUGCACUAUAACAUGACAACACAAUAUGACGCAAUACAACAUAAUGCAUCAGAACAUGACAUCAUAACAUGAUGCACUACAACAUGACACAUCACAGCAUGACACAACACAACAAGACACACAACAGUGACACAUCAUAACAUGACAUACGACAACAUGACACAUCACAGCAUGUCACAGCACAACAGGACACAACAUGACAGAUCACAACAUGAACAACACAACGCACACAUGUAAACAAGCAUCCCGCAACAUGACAAGAUACAGUGUUGUGAUGUGAGCAGCUGUGCCUGUGUUAUACAUCAUAGCCAUUAUCAUCAUUAGACUGCUAGCAAUGUGCACUGUUGUUUCUCAUGGACUGUUAUGACAGGAAUUAUCAAGUUUAAUGAUGAGGUGUCAAAUUAUAUAAAGUUUUAUUGAAGUUCUAGAGAGUAGCCUUCCUCUUACCCAGUUUCUCUUGAUCAAAUGAUCAAACUGUUUUCUGCCAGCAAGUGUUGUUGUAAAAUCUAAUGUAAAUACUGUACGUAUUGUGUCUUUAACAAAAUGAAAAAAGAGAAGAAACAAAAUGUUAAUAUAUGUUGAAAUAAAUUUAUGCACCACG